AUGUUCGUGCUCGACCUCGCAAAGAUCUCCCCGAUCGCCGUCCACCUGUUUCUGGCCCUCGGCGUGGCUGCCUAUACUCUAUUUGGUGCGGUCGUCAUGCAAUGGCUCGAGACACCACCCGAGAAAAUACUCAAGAAGAAUGAGACGGCAAUGCCGAAACGGGCCGUCGAGCACUUCCCGUACACGGCCACUCGCGUCUUUCUCGGCACCGAAAUUGGGGAGUUUGAUCCGGAGGUUCACCUGUGCGUGGAGAGGGAAGUGAAGCGAUUGCUGACGAAACCUCGAUGUCUCCACCUCGACCAUGUCUCCAUCCAUGAUAUCGAUCUAUGCUAUCGGUUUGCCAACUUCUCUGCCGGCUUCAACCGCCGCAAAAAGAUCCCGGCCCCUCGAAAAACGAAGCAGCAGGUGAUCGACGAGGAGACGGCAGAUAUUGUGAAUCGAUGGAGCUUCGAGAAUGCCAUCAUUUUUGCGUUUACCGUCAUCACGACUAUUGGGUACGGCCACGUGGCCCCGGUGACAUUCUGGGGGCGAGUGUUUUGUAUCGUUUAUGGCGUGAUUGGCGUGCCAUUGACGUUAUUGACGAUUGCUGAUAUGGGAAUGUUUAUUUCGAAGAUAUUGGCACAGACGACCCAGCUAAUUCGAUCAAUGCCAAAAUGGGCUAAGGCAGCCUGGCAAUUAUUACGCCGUAAGGCAAAGAGCACCUCUUCUCCGAAACAAAAAGAGAAUGGACUGCUCGAGCAGGAGGCCGUAGAGGGAGAGGAUGAAGAAGAGCCACCGCAGGAAGCCGAGGGACAACGGCGUUCCGAUGAGUCAAUACUGCUUGGACUCCUCUUUUUCUGCUAUUUGAUGUUGGGGGCAAAGGUGCUCUCCUCCUACGAGCCGGAUAUGGCCUAUUUCGAGGCAUUCUACUUCAAUUUCGUCACCCUGACCACCAUCGGGUUAGGCGAUUUUGUCCCCAAAAGCUACGAUUACCUGUUCGUGACGUUGUGCUAUAUUGGGAUCGGGCUGGCGCUGACGACAAUGUCAGUCGAAAUCGCGGCCGACACCCUCAAGAAGCUGCACCAUUUCGGGCGAAAGGUGGAGAACGUCGCGCAGACGAUGGUCUGGUUUGGAGGCAAAAAAAUGACGAUGAAGGCGCUGGUGAAACACCUGGGCGAUCAGCUGAACAUCCCCGAGGACGAGCUGGCCAAGUUCGAUUUUGACGAAUUUGUGGGGAAUGCGGUGAAGGUGGAGGCCGGCGAGAUGGAGACGCUCAGGAAGCCGUCACUUUCGGGAGAUGGGGUCCGAUUCCGCGACAGAACCCUCUCUUACACCCAACUGCGCCAUUCGGACGAGUCGGAGGCCCUGAAAUACGCCGACGAACGGACACAACGAUACGGAAAAGAUGGCGUCCCGCUGGCCCAAGAAACGGGGCGUACGGUGACUUCCGGCCGAGCUGCGGCAGCCCGUGGAGGUGUGGAUAGGAAUCGUGUGGUCUCGCAAGCCAUCUGCCAUCGUUUUCCGCAACACCCCUAUGCCCAUUUGGACGACGCCACGAUGCCGCCACCGGUGACCAGGGCCAUUUUACCCCAAACUGCACGAGGGCCCCAAUCGCGGAGCUGUCGAAGGCAGAUGACGUUGAGCAAGGCGGAAUGUGAGGAGAUUCAAGAUAACGAGACGAUAGCGCUGGAAUCGAUCUACGGCGACGACGUGCAAAUCGUGAAAGGCGCCUGGAAGGUAUGGCACCCGCUGGAGGCGAUCGUCGCCCUUGGCCCCUCGCAAAGUGACAGCCGCCACGGUGAUGAUGGAAUGGCUGCCGUCCGUGUUCAUCUACACAUCUGCUGCCCGCCCGCAUAUCCCAACGACCCGCCGACGCUGACGCUGGAAAAGCCACAGGGCAUCGGCCACGGCGACCAGGAGCGGCUGCUCCACGAUUUGGCCGCUCAUGCCAACGAAAAUCGAGGCGAGCCGAUGCUAAUGCAGUUGUGCGAGGUUGUCCGCUCGUUUCUCUACGCCAAUUUCCACCCCCGCCAAUCGUUACACCAGGGAAUGGCCGAGGGGCAAGCCGAGAAGGCCCGUGAAGUGCAGCGGCAACGCGUCUCGUCCGAGCAACGCGAAUGGGAAAAAGCGGCCGAGGAAGAGGAGCGGCGACGGCUCGAAGCGGAAUGGAAAAGGGAAGAAGCGCGAGAACGCAUGCGACACGACUCCAUUAAUACUGACCAAGAAUUCCGCCAGAUCGGCCCCCACUCGAUCCGCGUCGUCGACCCAUCCCCACCCGGCCACAGCCGAAAAAUGAAUCCCCAAUGCGUCGAGUGGACGGGAUUGUAUAAGGGUCAAACGGUGCUCGUCUCCCAGUGGAAUUUCGACUUCAACCUCGGCCGCCGGGACAACAGGAAGAAGAUGCCCGAUUUUGGGGCGUUUUUGGCCCAACUCGCCGAGGUGGAAAAGACGUGCUCGGUGCUGCCGGACACGGUCGACGUCGACUCGUCCGCCGUCCCCUACGCCUUCGUGCUCGUCGAGCGGCUCGCCGUCAAGGACACCAAUUUUCACGUUCGCAUCUCCUACGCUCAAAACAUUGCCCUCGUCGACUCGAAUCUCGAGGCGCUGGCCGAGAAGCUCGUCCACGAUACAGGAGCCCUCCGUCGUCUAGCGACCUCUUGUGUCUGCGGGCUGAGGUGGCUGCACGAGCAGCAAAUCGCCCACGCAUCCAUCGCCCCUUCAUCGCUGUGGACCGACGACUGCACGGCGUUCCGGCUGAGCGACUGGAAAAUCGGACGGUGCCUCGCCCAGCUGGCCGACACGUUCAGCGCGACCAUCGAGGGCCGUCCGCUCGCCGAUCCAACGGCCGCCAAAAUCGAGCCAAAAGCCCUGAAGAAACGCGAUCUGUUUGCGCUUGGCCGUCUGCUGGACAGUUUGGGGACGGGGCCAUCCGGCGACGCGUCAUCCAUCGGCCACUCCCUGCUGCAGUCCUUUGUUGCGGCAUGCCAGGCUGCCAAAUCCGUCUACGAGCUCGCCGACCACGCAUAUCUCUCCGCCGAUGCGCUUCCGCCAAUGACGGAUGGUAGUUGCUCGAGCCUCGGGCUGAAGGCGGUCACCGGUGCAUCGACAAGACUCGGCCGCGACUUCUUCCUCAUCAAAAGUCUCGGCAAAGGCGCCUUCGGUGAGGUGUUGCUGGCCCGCAAUCGACUCGACCUCGUUCACUAUGCUGUCAAGCUGAUCACGCUCGACCCGCGGAACGAGCGUUUCAACCGCAAGAUGACGCGCGAGGCCAAGCUGUUCGCCAAGCUCAACCACCCGCAUGUCGUCCGAUAUUAUAACGCGUGGAUCGACAGCGCACCGCAGACGAAGGCCAGCCCUGCGGCGGCGAUCGCUGCCAAGACGCCGAAAGGGCCGAUGAAAAAGCUGCAAAUCGACGCGGCCGAUGGUGAUUCACUGAUGCCGUCCCGGUUGCGCCAUCUGAAAGUGUCGCCCAGUGAGAAGGACGUUGGGGAGACGAGCGAGUGGAGUGCCGAAUGGACGGCCUCCUUUCGGGAAAAGCGACAAUCUGACGACAGCUCGACCUCGUCGUCCUCAUCCUCCUCAUCUUCUUCUUCUGAUGAUGAGGAGGGAUCCCCGCAGAAGGCUGGUCCAGGAGCACGAGUGUACGGUAGAAGGGACAGCGACGAUGACGACAUCGAGAUUGUGUUCGAGGCUACUGAUGAGCCGAAGGCCGGCCGACAGCCCGCAUACGGAGAUGACGUCUCGACGCCACCCAGCACCGAGAAAGACACAUGGGACACUGCCUCACGCCUUUCCCCGUCCAAAGGAAAGAAAGAAGCCGACGCCACGCUGCACACCCGGAUCAUGUACAUUCAGAUGGAGUAUUGUGUCAAGGGCACGUUGAGGGGCCUGAUCGAUUCGGGAGCCGUGCUGGGGAAUGUGCGCCAAGGGUGGCGCAUCUUUGGCCAAAUUCUCUCCGGACUCGACUACAUCCACUCGCAGGGGAUGAUCCAUCGGGAUAUCAAACCGAUGAACAUCCUGAUCGACGGCAAUGAUCAUAUCAAGAUUGGCGACUUCGGGUUGGCGACCAGAGAGCUGUUUGUGCGCAAGGAUACGGCCGUCGGCCAUGAGCAGGGCUCGUCAAGCCAUGGCGGUUCGGAGGGGAUGACGACACAAAUUGGCACCGAACUCUACAUGGCCCCAGAAUUGUUGACGGCCACUGAGGGACAGCCAUAUUCGGCAAAAGUCGACGUCUACAGCACGGGCAUCGUCCUAUUCGAGCUGUUCUACCGUCCCCUACCGCCGGGCAUGGAGCGUAUCUCCUGUCUCCGCGGCCUCCGAACCCAUUCCGUGUGCCCGGCCGACUUCAUGGAGACGAUGCCCGCCCAGGGCGGAGUGUGCCGUCGUCUGGUUGAGGAGAUGAUCUCCAUCGACCCGUCGGCCCGCCCCUCGAUUCAAUCCAUCAUCUCUCAGGGCAAAGUGCCGGCCACCGAAGUAGAUGAUCUCGCUUUUCAGAAAUGCUUCACCCAGGCCCUGCGCCGUCGUACGGGCAAUCUGUUCUCGUGGAUGAUGCGUGAAUUGGGUGAAACGUACCCGCCUGCCCCGUUGACGAGACGAUUCGAUGCUGGAGUAUGCCGAUGGAGGGAUGUCGAUGAAGCGGUGGCGAGGGAGACGGCCAGGGAAAGACUCUGCCAAGCCCUUCGACGCAUAUUAAAACGCCACUCGUUCUUCCCGACGCCUCAACACCUACUGACGCCGGCAGGGGAAGCGCGUGCUGUCUGCGAGCCGACAAAGAUGCCCCACGUACUCAUCGAUUCGACGGCCAUUCCGGUUGCAUUACCGCCCGAUCUGCGGUGUAACUUUGUGCGCUUCUGCGCGCGCAACGCCAUCAAACGGCUGAAGCGCUACGCGUUUGGCAAGGUCUUUGCGGCACGUGAAGGUGGUACGGGCGGUGUACACCCCGACGAGCACUGGGAGCUGAGCCUCGACGUCCUCGGCAAGUCGACCACCGACGAGGCGCUCGAGAUCCAGUUGUUGACGGCGCUCUCGGACAUUCUGCACGACACUUUUCCUGAUGAGACACGCUUCGUAUUACGAUUGGGCCACAUGGGCCUCGUGGACGCCAUCUUCCGCCAUCACGGACUCAGCACCGAGCUACGCGAUCGUGUCCUCAAUGUACUCCACGAACAAUCCGCCUCAGCGAGACAGCCCGGGGCGACGGAACGGGUCGAUAUCCUGUCAGAAGUGUUCGGUGCUCAUCUACUGCGCAAGGGACGUCUUGGGGUGUAUCCCGUGGUGGCCGGAGGCCGAUACGACGGGAUGCUGACGCGGAUACGUGGCCCCGAAGAUGAGAAACCGCCGGGCGAGCUGGCGCUGUGCGGCUGUUCCCUAAACCUUGACCUCCUCCUUGGACUCGGUGGUCAACAACAAAAUACCGCCGCCCCAGCCCCAUGCCAAGUGCUUCUCGGCUCGUUCACCCGGGCGAUGACCAUCGAGAAGCUGGCGUUGGCCCGGCAAUUACGCGAUGUCGGGCUGGCGGUGGAUACGAUGAAUGAACCGCUCGACAACCACUCACUCGAUGCAUUAAAGGAAUUCUGCGACCGCCGUGAAAUCCCGUUCCAUCUGAUCAUGUUCGACUCGAAUCUGGUGCUCACCCGAACGCCCCGCCAAGAUUUUGGAAAACUGGAGACGAGGCGCGCCGUCGAGACCGUACUCCGGCAGUUGGCCACGCCCACCACCGAAGCCCCGCCCCACGAUACACCACACUCGGAUCGCCGUGCCCCAUUGGCCAAAAGCGCCUCGUCGACGACACACCCAUUGACGCCCACCCACUCGACGGCCGCCCCAUUCUCUUCACAACAGCAACAACAACAGCAACAGCAACACAGCAGCUGUCAGUCCAUCUCAUUCCUAUGGGCACUCGUCGAAAGACCCGGAUAUACGGCCAAGAAACGCAUCGAGGGUCGAUGCGAUGCCCUCAUGAGUGAUCUGAUGCAAAAGUUGUCCGCUCGUGUCCAAUUGACGGUCGUUGUGACUGAUAUCAUCGCCGAAGUCCUCCAAUCGCUCUCCUCAAAAAUUUCGCUACCCCUCGACCCGGAACAGCUUCGCCUCGUCUUCGACCGCAUGGCCAAGCAGUUUGGCCGGUGGAAAGAGGAAUUGGAGGCAAUCUACAGCACUCUGAAGACGUUGUCCGCGUCGUCGCGUCACUCGACUCCAUCCCUCGUUCUCGCCAUCUAUUCCACUCCUUCUGAUGUACAUCGGGUGAUCAUU